AUGGCAGACACAUCUAACGACGCUGGCUCCAAAAAUUGGCUCAAAGAGAGAGCAGCCAUAUCGGCUGCACACAGACGACAGAAGACAGACCCUGCCGUAGGGAGACUUAUCGAAAAGGCCGAGCAGUUACAUAAAGAACGCACCCACCGAAACCUGCGGGAUGCUGGCAAAGAGAACGACAUCGUUGAAGAUGAGGGGGAAGACAUUGAUGCCAUUGUGAAUAUACCUCCACCGGCUGAAGUGGUCGUUAAAGUCGCACCAAAACCAACUGAAUCGGAGCUAGAGACCGAAGGCCAUGACAAGGAAGCCAGCGAAGAUUUGUUCCGUAACUUUGCCAAGAGUGUUCUGGAAGAGACCUUGACUACAGAAUCCUCACUCGAACUGUCGUUUGAUCUCAAGCCUGAGGAUAUUAUAAAGGAAGAGGAAGAUGCGGAUGAAGGAGGUGAUGGGGAGGAUGGCGAGGAUGGAAAGGAUGAGGGAGAGGAUGGGGGAGCAGAGGAGGAGGAGAAAGACAAAGAUAAUGAGCAUAAAGAUGGAGAAGAGGUGGAAGAAGCGGAAGAGGCGGAGGUGGCGGAAGAGGCGGAAGACAAUGAAACCAGAGAUGGCGGCGGAGAAGGAGGAGCGGAAGAAAAGGUCGAAAGUGAAGAGGGAUAUGAAUUUAUAGGUACAGACACAUUGCAAAGUGAAGAUAGCGUUGUUCUUAUAGACGAGACUCCAUUACACUCUAAAGACGAGUUGUCUGCAUCCGAGUAA